CAUGUUUGACAUAAAAUUAAAAAUAGUAAACUACACGUGGUUUUACACAUGAAUGUAAAAAACACAAUAGUAAUUUCAUUAAAAUGAGUACUGACAAUAAUACAGAAUCAAAAGUAUUGUCCAUUUUGCACAAUAUAAAGAAUGAUCAGAAAAAUGAACAAAAUCCACUAGAUGAUGUAAACAAAUCUAAACCUCAAACGAAAGGAAAUUUAAAAAAGAAGUCAGAACCCAGCGAAAUAAGAAGCAUUCCUAAAUCAGGGAGAUUUUGGAAAACCAAAAAAGAAAGGUUCAAUACUAUAGUAAAAACAAAAGGUAUAAGAUUAGAUUUCCAAAAAAAGACAGCAUUGCGGCUAGAACUACAACGCACGAAAGAGUUAUCUCGGCAAAUAACUCAGCAGAUACAAGAAAAAGAAGAAGCACGCAAGCAAAGGAGACGUGAGAACAUCAAACGUGCUGAAGAAAAUAAAAAGAAAUCAGAAGUGGUUCAAGUUAUAACAAAUACUAAGAAACUGAAAAGAAUGAAGAAAAAGCAAUUGAAAUUCAUCGAGAAAAGGGAUACAAAUAAAGAAAUUGCUUCGAAUAAAUAGGAAGAAU